AUGGGGAGCGACCAGGCCGAAAGGAGGGAAGCAGAGAAAGGUCAAGCUGAAAGGUGGUACGCUGUGGGGAGUCGAGCUAAACGACGGAAGAUAGUAGUUAAAGCUGCAGAAGGAAGAAUUCCAGUUUUUCUGGAUGGUGGAGUUCGCCGAGGAACAGAUGUUUUUAAAGCACUAGCUCUUGGAGCAGCUGGUGUGUUUAUUGGUAGACCUGUGUUGUUUUCAUUGGCUGCUGAUGGAGAGGCUGGUGUGAGAAAAGUACUUCAAAUGCUUCGUGAUGAGUUUGAACUAACUAUGGCACUAACCGGUUGCCGUUCACUCAAGGAGAUAAGUCGUGACCAUGUUAUCACAGAGUGGGAUCGCCCAAGAAUUUCUCCCAAGUUAUGAGGUGGCUGGACUCAACCUUGGUCUUCUAUGUUCUAAAGUAGGAAUUUUAGAAUAUCCUUUGAUCUCAUUUCAUGCUUCAAUGGAAAACCUGUGUUUCAUCCAUUAGAAAUUUGCUGCUUUAUUCACUGUACAUAACAUGUUUCUACCUGGACUCAUUUCAUUGCACUUGGUGCUUGUAUUAGGAAAACUGCAGAAACAUGAUCGCCAAUAAAAUGUACUUUUUUCUUGGCAAAA